ACAGAGGGAAAAGACAGAGAGAGGUUGACGGAGACAGCUUAGAGGGGAGAGCGAGGGAGAGAGUGGGAGUUUCUAAGUGGGAACAGAGCUUUUUCUGUUUCAUAUUACAGAGAAAAGAGGAGAAAGAGGAGAGGAGUUAAUGGUGGGUAAGGGCUCUGGUGGUUUGUGCAGCCAGCCUCCGUUUUGAAUGUAGCUGCUUUUGAAAGUGCUGUGCAGUUGUCUAGGUUUAUGGAUUCGCUGACUGUGGAAAAUGUACUUCUCUAUAGUGGUCCUUGUCCUGACUAAGACUCUGGUCACAGAGGUAUGCCACAGCCUGAACGUGACAGUCACCCCUGGGCCUUUGGUCUUAGUCGCAGAGAGAGACAACUUGACUUUGUCCUGUCUGGUGUCUGAAAAAAAGUGGAGCAACAGUGUCCUCAUUCUCCGCUGGUUCUUCUUGCCUUCGACUCUGCCGACUCCCAGACCACCUCCUUUACCGACCACUUCUCCAACUGCACUCCCACCCUCCCAGUUUCUGAUUGUAAGGAUAGGGAUCAAGAAGAUACAGCAGUAUGGGAACUACAGCCUUCGCUUCCCCCAGCCAAAGUUUCACUUAUUUGACGACGCGGGGGGAGAGGUGUACCGGUUGCUCAUCAUCAAUGUCACAGGGACGGAUCAGGGCUUUUAUAGCUGUAGAGUUCAGGAGAUCCGAAAGUACAAAACCACAUGGAGAGCCUCGUCCAAUGGCUCCAGCACCACACAGCUGACAGUGCACUUUACUCCUGAGGACGGCAGCAGCGAGGGACUCUGGGUUUUAUUUGCAGAUGUGUAUUUGUGUGCCGUGUUGAUCUGCUCCCUGGGUCUGCUGUCCAUCUUUUUGUUCUCCCUCGUUUUAACAUGCCAGUACUUCCACAGGAGACACAGAUUGAAAGGAAGUUAUCUUUUCGUCAAAUGUCCAGAAAGCAGUUCUGGAGAGACAGUUACCAGCUCCAGCAGCUGCUCCAAUUCUCCCCCAAGAACACGAAGAAAAGAGACAAGACAGCAGGUUGACAGAGGACCGAAAGUGACACCACCUGAAGACCCACUGUUUCAGCCACCCAUCAGAGCGCCUGUUGCAGCAAAGAGACCUCAGAAGCCCAGAAGGUUGAAGACUCAGCCGAGGAGAUCUGCUACCUCCCGAGUUUCACAAGAAGACAGCCUGACAUACGCAGAGCUGGAGUUAGUCCGACCGCGGCAGGAGCCACCAGUCUCCCCUAGCCCUGACGCCACUCCCUCCAGCUCCGACACUGUGUACGCUCAGAUCCUCUUCCAGGAAGAAAAGCUAUAGACCUGGCAGCUCGGCACCUCCUGGUGAGGGCAGAGGUCCAGUUCUCCACCCAGAACUGAACUAAGCAGCAUCUAAAGGAACAUAUUUAUAAACUAUGAGCAUGAUAUUUAGCUGUUUUUGAUGAAAGACCCCACGUUUGAGGGUAAGUGAGUGGUUUAGAGUGUGCUCUGUGCAGGUCAAGUCCUGCACACCUAUUUGUUUAUUGACGUGGUCACUGGCCAGUGAGUCUGUUGUUUAUAGCCCCAAUUUAACUAUUGUCUAUAAACCUAUGAGACUUUGUUGAAAUAAACUAUUGUCUAGAAUUUUUUAUUUUUUUAACGCAGCAUCAUGUCACUUUAUCAGCUUUUUAAGCAAACUCAUUAUUAUUGUAUUAAAACUCAAUAUUAUUAUA